AUGUCUCCACACAUGAACGACGAAACCACGUGUAAAAAGACUCCCAAAGAUCCGACAAGUGAAGGAAGCACUAUGACAAUAACUGACUUCAAGAAGCUCUUAGUGGAACAUUUGACUUCCGAAAAAAAAACCAUUGAAAAUAACAUCAACAACAACCUAAAGCAUAAACAACACGAAUUGGAACAACUUGAGGGUGAAAGUAAACAUAAGAGGCGUAAAAUGUGUAAACAACGUUAUAAAAUGAAUAACAAUAAGCACGGAAGAAAAUUCGCUACCAACCGGACGAAAAAAGUUAAUACCUACUGCAAGGACUGUUCAAAUAAGCAUCCUUUAUGUUUACCUUGUUUCAAUCAAAUUCAUACCAAUAUUGAGUAA